UUACCGCAGUUAGUUCCAUACUUCGACCGUUUAUAUAAUGUAAUAGAAGUAAUUUAUACUAACUGUUACUCUAAAGUUAACAUAUCAACAAGAACAGCUACAGACAGUAACAAUGGUACUUUAGGUACUUUAGAACCUAAAGUACUUAAAGCAAUUACUGAGAAAACAGUUGAUAGAACGAGAUACAAUUGCUUCUAUCAAUCUUAUCAUUGA